AUGCCAGGAGUAACCGAAGACGGCAAGCCCAAGAAGAAGAAGAUACGCACACGUGUUAUCAAGAAGGUUAAGGGUGACAAACAAGAAGUCACCAAGAUUGAAACCAUCGAAGAGGAUGACAAGCAACCAGAGACAACUGUCACAGUGGAAGAGAUUCCUGUGGAAGAAGAACAGCCUGAACAAAUCCAGGAGCUUCCGGAAGAGGUUCGUGUGGUUGAAACAGUAACCGAAGACGGCAAGCCCAAGAAGAAGAAGAUACGCACACGUGUUAUCAAGAAGGUUAAGGGUGACAAACAAGAAGUCACGAAGAUUGAAACCAUCGAAGAGGAUGACAAGCAACCAGAGACAACUGUCACAGUGGAAGAGAUUCCUGUGGAAGAAGAACAGCCUGAACAAAUCCAGGAGCUUCCGGAAGAGGUUCAAGCCAAGAUUGAAACCAUCGAAGAAGAUGACAAGCAACCAGAGACAACUGUCACAGUGGAAGAGAUUCCUGUGGAAGAAGAACAGCCUGAACAAAUCCAGGAGCUUCCGGAAGAGGUUCGUGUGGUUGAAACAGUAACCGAAGACGGCAAGCCCACAAAGAAGAAGAUACGCACACGUGUUAUCAAGAAGGUUAAGGGUGACAAACAAGAAGUCACUAAGAUUGAAACCAUCGAAGAAGAUGACAAGCAACCAGAGACAACUGUCACAGUGGAAGAGAUUCCUGUAGAAGAAGAACAGCCUGAAGAAAUCCAGGAGCUUCCGGAAGAGGUUCGUGUGGUUGAAACAGUAACCGAAGACGGCAAGCCCAAGAAGAAGAAGAUACGCACACGUGUUAUCAAGAAGGUUAAGGGUGACAAACAAGAAGUCACCAAGAUUGAAACCAUCGAAGAGGAUGACAAGCAACCAGAGACAACCGUCACAGUGGAAGAGAUUCCUGUGGAAGAAGAACAACCUGAACAAAUCCAGGAGCCCGAAGAGAAGAAGAUACGCACACGUGUUAUCAAGAAGGUUAAGGGUGACAAACAAGAAGUCACUAAGAUUGAAACCAUCGAAGAAGAUGACAAGCAACCAGAGACAACUGUCACAGUUGAAGAGAUUCCUGUGGAAGAAGAACAGCCUGAAGAAAUCCAGGAGCUUCCAGAAGAGGUUCGUGUGGUUGAAACAGUAACCGAAGACGGCAAGCCCAAGAAGAAGAAGAUACGCACACGUGUUAUCAAGAAGGUUAAGGGUGACAAACAAGAAGUCACGAAGAUUGAAACCAUCGAAGAGGAUGACAAGCAACCCGAGACAACUGUCACAGUGGAAGAGAUUCCUGUGGAAGAAGAACAGCCUGAACAAAUCCAGGAGCUUCCGGAAGAGGUUCGUGUGGUUGAAACAGUAACCGAAGACGGCAAGCCCACAAAGAAGAAGAUACGCACACGUGUUAUCAAGAAGGAGCUUCCGGAAGAGGUUCGUGUGGUUGAAACAGUAACCGAAAACGGCAAGCCCACAAAGAAGAAGAUACGCACACGUGUUAUCAAGAAGGUUAAGGGUGACAUACAAGAAGUCACUAAGAUUGAAACCAUCGAAGAAGAUGACAAGCAACCAGAGACAACUGUCACAGUUGAAGAGAUUCCUGUAGAAGAAGAACAGCCUGAAGAAAUCCAGGAGCUUCCAGAAGAGGUUCGUGUGGUUGAAACAGUAACCGAAGACGGCAAGCCCAAGAAGAAGAAGAUACGCACACGUGUUAUCAAGAAGGUUAAGGGUGACAAACAAGAAGUCACGAAGAUUGAAACCAUCGAAGAGGAUGACAAGCAACCAGAGACAACUGUCACAGUGGAAGAGAUUCCUGUGGAUGAGGAACAGCCUGAACAAAUCCAGGAGCUUCCGGAAGAGGUGCGUGUGGUUGAAACAGUAACCGAAGACGGCAAGUCCACAAAGAAGAAGAUCCGCACACGUGUUAUCGAUAUCAAGAAGAUUAAGGGUGACAAACAAGAAGUCACCAAGAUUGAAACCAUCGAAGAGGAUGACAAGCAACCACAGACAACUGUCACAGUGGAAGAGAUUCCUGUGGAAGAAGAACAACCUGAACAAAUCCAGGAGCUUCCAGAAGAGGUGCGUGUGGUUGAAACAGUAACCGAAGACGGAAAGCCCAAGAAGAAGAAGAUACGCACACGUGUUAUCAAGAAGGUUAAGGGUGACAAACAAGAAGUCACCAAGAUUGAAACCAUCGAAGAGGAAGACAAACAACCACAGACAACUGUCACAGUGGAAGAGAUUCCUGUGGAAGAAGCACAGCCUGAACAACUCCAGGAGCUUCCGGAAGAGGUUCGUGUGGUUGAAACAGUAACCGAAGACGGCAAGCCCAAAAAGAAGAUACGACACAACAGCCUGAAAAAUCAGGAGCUUCCAGAGGAGGUUCGUGUGGUUGAAACAGUACCGAAGACGGCAAGCCCAGAAAAGAAGAUACGCACACGUGUUAUCAAGAAGGUUAAGGGUGACAAACAAGAAGUCACCAAGAUUGAAACCAUCGAAGAGGAUGACAAGCAACCACAGACAACUGUCACAGUGGAAGAGCUACCUGUGGAGGAAGAACAGCCUGAACAAAUCAGCGAGCUUCCAGAGGAGGUUCGUGUGGUUGAAACAGUUACCGAAGACGGCAAGCCCCAGAAAAAGAAGAUACGCACACGGGUUAUCAAGAAGGUUAAGGGUGACAAACAAGAAGUCACCAAGAUUGAAACCAUCGAAGAGGAUGACAAGCAACCACAGACAACCGUCACAGUGGAAGAGAUUCCUGUGGAAGAAGAACAGCCUGAACAAAUCCAGGAGCUUCCGGAAGUGGUUCGUGUAGUUGAAACAGUAACCGAAGACGGCAAGCCCAAAAAGAAGAAGAUACGCACACGUGUUAUCAAGAAGGUUAAGGGUGACAAACAAGAAGUCACCAAGAUUGAAACCAUCGAAGAGGAUGACAAGCAACCACAGACAACCGUCACAGUGGAAGAGAUUCCUGUGGAAGAAGAACAGCCUGAACAGAUCCAGGAGCUUCCAGAGGAGGUACGUGUUGUUGAAACAGUAACCGAAGGCGGAAAGCUCAUAAAGAAGAAGAUACGCACACGUGUCAUCAAGAAGGUUAAGGGUGAUAAACAAGAAGUCACCAAGAUUGAAACCGUUGAGGAGGACGACAAACAACCUGAAACAACUGUCACAGUGGAAGAGAUUCCUAUGGAAGAAGAACAGCCUGAACAAAUCCAGGAGCUUCCGGAAGAGGUUCGUGUAGUUGAAACAGUAACCGAAGACGGCAAACCUAAGAUGAAGAAGAUACGCACACGUGUUAUCAAGAAGGUUAAGGGUGACAAACAAGAAGUCACCAAGAUUGAAACCAUCGAAGAAGAUGACAAGCAACCACAGACAACUGUCACAGUGGAAGAGAUUCCUGUGGAUGAGGAACAGCCUGAAAAAAUCCAGGAGCUUCCGGAAGAGGUUCGUGUAGUCGAAUCUGUAACCGAAGACGGCAAACCUAAGAUGAAGAAGAUACGCACACGUGUUAUCAAGAAGGUUAAGGGUGACAAACAAGAAGUCAUUAAGAUUGAAACCAUCGAAGAAGAUGACAAGCAACCCCAGACAACUGUCACAGUGGAAGAGAUUCCCGUGGAAGAAGAACAGCCUGAAAAAAUCCAUGAGCUUCCAGAGGAGGUUCGUAUGGUUGAGACAGUAGCCGAAGACGGAAAGCCCAUAAGGAAGAAGAUACGCACACGGGUUAUCAAGAAGUUUAAGGGUGAUAAACAACAAGUCACCAAGAUUGAAACCAUCGAAGAGGAUGACAAGCAACCACAGACAACUGUCACAGUGGAAGAAAUUCCUGUGGAAGAAGAACAGCCUCACCAAAUCCAGGAGCUUCCGGAAGAGGUUCGUGUUGUUGAAACAGUAGCCGAAGACGGCAAGCCCCAAAAGAAGAAGAUACGCACACGUGUUAUCAAGAAGGUUAAGGGUGACAAACAAGAAGUCAUUAAGAUUGAAACCGUUGAGGAGGACAACAAACAACCUGAAACAACUGUCACAGUGGAAGAGAUUCCCUUGGACGAACAGCCUGAAGAAGUCAUGGAGCUUCCGGAGGAGAUUCGUGUUGUUGAAUCAUUCACCGAAGACGGCAAGCCCCAGAAGAAGAAGAUACGCACACGUGUCAUUAAGAAGGUUAAGGGCGAUAAACAGGAAAUCACCAAAAUUGAAACUGUUGAAGGAGAAGAUGAAAAGCCUGAGACAACAAUAACAAUUGAAGAAGCCAAUAUUAAAACUCCAUUUGGGAAAAAAAUUAGUUUAAAGAAAAGAGUUGUUGUUCAUAAGCCCGAUGAUGAUGUUACUGUUGUUGAGUUACCAGAAAGAAAGUCAGUAAUUCUUUCUGAAAAGAAUGAUGGUACUCCAAUCAAAACGGUUAUUAAAACUAAAAUUAUUAAAAAAGUGCAGGGGUCUAACAUGGAAAUUACCAAAGUUCAAACUGUCGAAGAAUAUGAAAAACCAAUUCAGACAAAGGUAACAGUUGAGAAUUACAAAGCUCCCUUUCCAGAUCUUCCGGAAGAAAAGUUCACAGAAGUUGUUGUUUUACCAGAUGAAAUCGUUAAAUCUGAAAUUGUUGACGCAGAUGGGUUACAAAAAGUUAUAAAAUCUAAAAAGCGGGUCAUAAAGAAACCUAAAGACGAAUUUAAGGAAGAAGUAACGGAAAUUGAUAUUACUGAACAAGAUUCAGGAGAGCCCAUUUAUAAAAUAACUGUCAAUGAACUUCCAUUUACGGAGCCUAUUGAAACUGACAAUAAGUCAGUUGAGUUACCAGAACAAGUAACUGAACUAGAAGUCAUUUCUCCCGAUGGAACAAAGAAGAAGAAAACUGUUAAGACAAGAGCAUUUAAAACAAAAAUUGAUGAUAAUCAUGAUGAAGUCACUACAGUUAAUACUGUUGAAGAGGAAAAUAUGGAACCAGUUACUACUGUGCAUGUUGAAAUUGUCCCAGUCGAUGAAACUUCUACGUUGCCCAUUCCUAUUGAGGAGUUGCCAGAAGAAACUGUUUUUACUGAAGAAAUUGCUGAUAAUAAGAAGCCAAGAAAAACGAAAACCAAAACUCGAACAUUCAAAAAACAAGGUCCUGACGAUGAAGAAUAUUACCAAAUACAAACUAUUGAAGAAGAAGGCAAAGAGCCUUAUUCACUUAUACGCGUUGUUAGUGAUGAAAACAUUGCCGACAUUAUUGAUAUUAGUAAGCUCGAUGAUGAGCAACUUCCUAAACACAAAAAACCAAAGCCACACAAACAGAGGGGUAAGAACACAAAUCACAACACUAUGCUUACACCACAUUUUACACGAGAGUUCCAAUUGAAGUAUACGCAAAAAACAUCUUAUAUAAGUUAUAUAUUAUUAAAGGGGAGGCGCCACCACUUUAAAACGCUUUCAUUUUUUUUUAUAUUUUAUUUUUUUAAUUGAUGCGCUGAAACUUAAGUAUUAAAUUAAACUAUUAUCUUUUUAAAAAUUUUUAACCUUAAGUAACAUAUCUGGACUGUUAAUAACAAAUUUUUCUAAUCAUUCCAUAUUAAUCAC